CUGCCGAUGCUCGUCCCUUUAUUUUUUCCUAUUCGCUAAACUGCGGCAUCUCUGGGGCCAUAGAAGUCAGCGAAUUGUAUCUGAGCCUCUGAGGUUUUGGUCUGGCGCUGUGAGGAGAAUGGAUUUCACUAAGAUGAAUAGGGGGGAACUGACCAUGGUUGGAUCUGGGAUGUGUACAAUGCUUACAAUGCAUUUGACACUACAGCUCUUGUCCCAACACCUUUUUUACUGGAAGAACCCUAAGGAGCAGAAAGCGAUUAUAAUAAUCAUACUUAUGGCCCCAAUUUAUGCACUUAACUCAUUUGUUGGAUUGUUGGAUAUCAAGGGAAGCAAAGAAUUUUUCAUGUUCGUUGACUCAAUUAAGGAAUGCUAUGAGGCUCUUGCAAUUGCCAAGUUUUUGGCAUUAAUGUAUAGCUACUUGAACAUAUCCAUAAGCAAAAAUAUAGUGCCGGAUGAGAUCAAAGGGAGGGAGAUACACCAUUCUUUUCCAAUGAUUUUAUUUCAGCCUAGAAUUACUCAUUUCGACCACAAUACAUUGAGGCUUCUAAAGUACUGGACAUGGCAGUUUAUUAUCAUCCGCCCCGUCAGUUCCAUCUUGAUGAUAACGUUACAGAUCCUAGGGUUCUACCCAAGUUGGCUGCGUUGGACGUUCACGAUAAUUCUCAACAUUUCCUUUUACGUCGCAAUGUAUUCGCUGCUUGCUUUCUAUCAUCUUUUCUCAAAGGAACUUCAACCACAAAAACCUAUUUCCAAGUUCCUCUGCAUCAAGGGCAUAGUUUUCUUCUCCUUUUGGCAGGGAAUCUUGCUUGACAUUCUGGUUGCAAUGGGCAUAAUAAAAUCACAGCACUUCUGGCUGGACGUUGAGCAUAUUCAGGAAGCCAUUCAAAAUGUCUUAAUUUGUGGCGAGAUGGUUUUCUUUUCCCUUUUGCAGCAAUAUGCAUUCCAUGUUGCCCCCUACAGCGGUGAUGUGGAAUCAAUAUUGAAACUAAAAAAGCGUGAAUAGUAUGUUCCCAACACUAGUAUCAUUGUAUCUCUUCAUUAUCAUAUAGAGAUGUGUAUUGUUAUAAUUGUGAAUUUGCUCAGGUGCCCGAUAUGGGGUAUGCUUUUAGGCUGAGUAAUUCCAAUGGUUUCCGGGUUUGUUGUGCAUUUCAUUGGUGUAACCAGUUUAUCGUGUAUGAUAUAUUUUUAAUGUUUGUAGAAAAAGGCAGAAUAGUAUAUGGACGAGACAAGAGAAAUUAAUGAUAAUAAUAAUAAUCAACCCGAGAUUACA